AUGGAGGGUCAACCGCUCAACGACGCAAGUCGUGAAUUCGACAUUGUGGUGUAUGGCGCCACAGGGUUCACAGGAAGACUCGUUGCAGAAUAUUUCUGUAAGCAAUAUUUGACGGACAGCGGGGAGUUUCUGGUUAAAUUUGCGUUGGCGGGGCGUUCGAUGAAGAAGCUGGAGGAGGCGUGCGAAGCCGCGUGUGCCCGCGCUGGUCGCGAGUCUAAACACAUCCCCUUGAUCGUCGCGGACAGCUCAGACGAAGCCUCGCUCGCGGCCAUGUGCAAAAGAACGAAAGUCAUCAUCACCACUGUCGGUCCUUACCUCAAAUACGGCGAGCCGCUUGUCAAAGCUUGUGUGGAGGUGCGAACGCACUACUGCGACCUCGUCGGCGAGGCGCCUUUCAUCGUCGCGACCAGCCAGAAAUACGGACACCUCGCCGCCGAGAGAGGCGUCAAGAUCGUUCACUGUUGUGGCUUCGAUUCGGUCCCCAGUGACCUCUCCUGUCUCCUCCUCGAGGAAACUGCACUGAGGACAGCCAAAGCUCCUUGCGAAUCGGUUACCACAGCUGUCACAGAAAUGCGCGGCGGCUUCUCGGGCGGGACCGUCGCCUCUCUUCUGAAUCUCUCUGGAUCCGAGGACACGUACAGUCCAUACUAUCUUUGCAACCGGGCGUUGCCAGAAAACGUGUCGUUCACGCCUCCCUCCAAACCGUACUUUCCCGUGCGAUUUUUGACCCACGACAAGGACUUUGGCUAUGGAGCCUUCUUUAUCAUGGCGCCUUUGAACGAGCAGGUUGUCCGGGUUGUUUUCGAUGCACAAAUUGUCGAGGCAGUUUACUCUCUGUGUUUCAUCCGGUGGUCCAGCGCUCUCAUGGGCUCAAGAUACGGCAAGGACUUUGCCUAUCGAGAAAUGAUGAGCGUCAACAGAGGCGGCUUCUUCUCGGCGCUGUGCACCUCUCUUCUUGUCUACACUGGGCUACUGUGCAUGAGUUUCCGCCCUCUUCGAUGGCUCCUAUUUGCUCUCAAAAUUCUUCCCCAACCCGGUGAAGGCCCUUCUCAAAGGCUGUUGGAUUCUGGAUUUUUCCAAAUGCGAGCUGUCGGCCGCACGCGCUGCGUGGAGCAACCUGGGCGCGCUCUUCGCGUUUCCGUGACGAUCGGCUCAAAGCUGGGAGAUCCCGGCUACCGCGAAACGGCCAAAAUGAUCGCGGAGACUGCCCUGUGCAUGGCGUUGAACAUGGACAAAUGCACAAAAUUCUGCGGAGUCGGAUCGCCAGCUGCGUGCGUGGGAACCGUCCUGAAAGAGCGCCUGGAGGCGAAGGGAUUCUAUUUCGAGAUCGACACGAAAGAAGAAGAGGUCUAG